AAUAGAGUUCAUAUAUAAAAACAUAUAAUAACUAUGGCCAUCAUGUCUACAUUGUUAACUUCACUACUCAUUCUCUCACUUUUCUCACAUGGAAUGUCACUAAGCUCGAAUUAUUAUUCCAAAACAUGCCCUAAUGUAGAAUCGCUUAUCAGGAAAGCGGUGAGAGACGCAGCCACGACUGACAAAAAAGUCCCUGCAGCGUUGCUAAGGAUGCACUUUCAUGACUGUUUCAUAAGGGGGUGUGAUGCUUCUGUUUUGCUGGAUUCCAAGGGUAACAACAAAGCUGAAAAAGACGGACCACCUAAUGUUUCUUUGCAUGCGUUUUAUGUCAUUGACAAUGCUAAAAAAGCAGUUGAAUCUGCAUGCCCGGGAAUAGUUUCGUGUGCAGACAUAUUAGCUUUGGCAGCAAGAGAUUCAGUUGUGCUGUCAGGAGGGCCAUCCUGGGAUGUGCCUAAAGGAAGAAAAGAUGGAAGAACAUCAAAGGCCAGUGAAACCAUACAACUCCCAGCUCCAACCUUCAACAUAUCUCAACUUCAACAAAGCUUCGCUCAAAGAGGCCUAUCCCUAAACGACUUGGUGGCACUUUCAGGUGGGCAUACCCUCGGUUUCUCCCAUUGUUCAUCAUUCAGAAAUAGAAUCCACAACUUCAACUCCACCACUGGUGUUGACCCUUCACUGCAACCUUCAUUUGCUGCAAGUCUACAGAGCAUUUGCCCAGCCAAAAACAAUGCAAAGAAUGCAGGAGUUCCAAUGGAUCCCUCUUCUACAAGUUUCGAUAAUACAUACUACAAACUUAUCUUCCAACAAAAGGCUUUAUUUUCUUCAGAUAAAGCUUUGCUCGAUUCCCCAAAAACAAAAAACCUGGCAGCUAAUUUUGCAAGCUCAGAAGAUGCAUUCACAAAGGCAUUUAUAAAUUCUAUGAUCAAGAUGAGUAGUAUUACGGGUGGUCAGGAGAUCAGAAAAGACUGUAAGGUGGUAAACUAAACUACGUAUACCAGCAAGGAUGUAUCAUGUAUUACCUAAUCUCAAGUUGCGAGUGUUAGGCUCUCUGUUUUCUGUUCAGGGGUUGAGAUUAUAAUACUAGUUGUAGCAAGUUAUGAGAUAAAAGGGAAGCCAAAGCACUAUGGCUCAUGUUUGUGAGUGGUUAAGAGGGAAAUCCAUGCAAAAAUAUGACAUGGCCAUAUUAAAUUUAUUACAAAAUUGUUGAAGUUUGUGAUACCAGAUAAUAAAGAU